ACUUGGGUUGGAACCACCCUUGUCAGUAGCCUGGUUCCUGUGCACAUUCGGGUUGCCGCCGCUCACCCAUAGCACCUGUAGACACUGUGUGCCCAACGGUCCCUGAGUACUCCGGGCCGAGUAGGGUCAUGAUUCUUCCGGCUGGAACCCCCGAGACCAGUUUGCUGCGGGUUUUGUUCCUGGGACUGAGUACCCUUGCUGCCUUCUCACGGGCUCAGAUGGAGCUGCACGUGCCCCCGGGCCUCAACAAAUUGGAGGCGGUAGAGGGAGAAGAAGUGGUGCUCCCCGUCUGGUACACGAUGGCCCGGGAGGAGUCGUCAUCCCACCCCUGGGAGGUGCCCCUCCUGAUUUGGUUUUUGGAACAAGAAGGGAAGGAACCAAACCAGGUGUUGUCUUACAUUAAUGGUGCCAUGUCAAAUAAGCCUGGAGUAGCCCUGGUCCACUCUAUCUCCACGCGGAACGUGUCCCUGCGCCUGGAGGCCCUCCAGGAGGGAGACUCUGGGACCUACCGCUGUUCUGUCAAUGUGUUUGAUGGUGAAGGCACAAGCAUGGGCCACAGCAUCAAAAGCAUAGAGCUCAAAGUGCUGGUUCCUCCAGCUCCUCCAUCCUGUAGUUUACAGGGUGUACCCUAUGUGGGGACCAAUGUGACAUUGAACUGCAAGUCCCCAAGGAGUAAACCUACUGCUCAAUACCAGUGGGAAAGGCUGCCCCCAUCCUCCCAGGUCUUCUUUGGACCAGCCUUAGAUGCUGUCCGUGGAUCUUUAAAGCUCACCAACCUUUCCACUGCCAUGUCUGGAGUCUAUGUCUGCAAGGCCCAAAACAGAGUGGGGUUUGCCCAGUGCAACGUGACCUUGGAUGUGAUGACAGGGUCCAAGGCUGCGGUGGUCGCUGGAGCAGUUGUGGGCACUUUUGUUGGGUUGGUGCUGAUAGCUGGGCUGGUCCUGUUGUACCAACGCCGGAGCAAGACCCUGGAAGAGCUGCCCAAUGAUAUCAAGGAAGACGCCAUUGCUCCCAGGACCUUGCCUUGGACCAAAGGCUCAGACACAAUCUCCAAGAAUGGGACACUUUCUUCCGUCACCUCAGCACGAGCUCUGCGGCCAUCCAAGGCUGCUCCUCCAAGACCUGGCGCAUUUACUCCCACACCCAGUGUCUCUAGCCAGGCCCUGUCCUCACCAAGACUGCCCAGGACAGAUGAGCCCCCACCUCAGGCAGUAUCCCUGACCCCAGGUGGGGUUUCUUCUUCUGCUCUGAGCCGCAUGGGUGCUGUGCCUGUGAUGGUGCCUGCACAGAGUCAGGCUGGGUCUCUCGUGUGAUUGCCCAGGCACUCAUUAGCUACAUCUAGUAGCUCACCUUUCUGUAAAGGUCUCCUGUGGCACAGAGGACUCAAUCUUGGGAGGAUGCCCACAUUCUAGACCUCCAGUCCAUUGCUCCUACCUCCUUCUAUUGAUGGAAUACUGGGUCUCAGUAAGUCAAAAUCUGGAUCAAAGGACAAUAGGAGGAAAUGGACCUGGGGUUGGGAGUUGGGAGUGAGGAGGCUUCACUUCCUCCCUGCUUCUCUCUAUGAAGCCAGAUGAAUGCUGCGGAGAUCAGCUACCCUCCAGGGGCUCUGGAGGAGACUGCCAGUCAGCGAUGCCCCUGGCUCUGUGAUUUGUACAACACCCUUAUCUAACACUGUCCUUUACCAUUCACUCCAUCUUCCCUGUAUUAAUAUAACCUGUCCUGCUGGCUUGGCUGGGUUUUGUUGGAGCAGGGGAUAGGAAAGACAUCUUAAAACCUGACUUGAAAUUGAUGUUUUUGUUUUUAUUUUGCAAAUUUCAAUAAAGAUACAUCUCGUUUGCACGGA